CCGCAGCUCGAAGAUAACAGAGCGAAGCAGGUACACAGCUACACAACGACCGGAAAUUUCUGCUGCGAAGAGCAACCACACCGAUUGAUAUAGGGUUUUUGGUGUCGCCGUCUUUGGGAUUGUAAUUAGGCAUAUACGAAACAAUGGAGACGUCUCUAAGAUACGGAGGAGACUACAAAGCUCUCAGAAUCCAUGCCAAGGAGAAGUUACCUCUCGAUUCUAAAACUCAUCUGCAGGUUCAUGGAGAGCUAGAUACGAGAAUUGGAGCGCCAACUUAUGUUAGUGCAAUGAUAAGACGCUUCUAUCCAGAGUCAUCAGCCAGCCUUGGCAUGGGAUUGCACUAUGAUAAAUAUGAGAAGCUCACAUACAGAAUACGUGGAAAAAAAGCCUUUAAUGUAACGAGUGAUGGUUUUUUAACCUUCAAUAUAAAGGGGUGGUGCAAUAUUGACAAAGAAUUUAAAGAGAGGAAGUCAAAAGGAGCUGCAGAAUUUUCUUGGAGUAUUUUUAAUUUUCAGAAAGACCAAGAUGUUAGAUUGAAAGUUGGAUAUGAAGUGACUGAAAAGGUGCCUUAUCUGCAGAUUAGGGAAAACAAUUGGACUGUCAAUGCUGACAUGAAUGGUAGAUGGAAUGUGAGAUUUGAUUUGUGAGUGGAUUUCGCAUACUCCUUCGGAGAUUCCACAUUGCUGGUUGCAGGCAUGAAAUGUCAGGUACAAAAUGAGUUAGUUUAUGUCAAUUCACCGAAGUUUUCCGAGGAAAAUGUUGCUGUUGCUGCUGAGUGAUUUUGACAGAACAAUGAUUAAUUUUUGAAUUACCUAUGAACAAUGCUUUUUGCACCCCUUGUUAAUGUUAAACCUCAGGUUAUUGCUUCAAAUAUUCAAAUAAUGAACGUCAUUUACUUUUCA